UGUAAACAUUUUACUAUCAGUAUGCUUCUCAUGGAGUAGUUUUUCUCAGUCGUCUGGAUGAGAGAAAGAAGUAACCACAAAAAUUUAUUUUCGGUAGAAAUUGAAGCUUUUUGUUAAACCCUUACAGAGAAGUAGCAAGGAGCAAAUGAUUUGUUAACGAUAAGCCGUCGUAUUACUCACACUUCUAACAGACUUCUAGCAGCUCGAACUACUUGAAAGUUUGAUCACUUGGUUAUGGUACUUUCAGCAAAUCUACAAUAACUUUUUUUAUCAUAUUUAGUGUUCGGUCUAAGUCUUGCUGAACUCGCAGCACUCUUCACUCGCAUACUCCUACCAGAUCUAGUUGCGGUGACUUUGAAACCAAAUAGCGGACAAAAUUCCCAAAUGUAAUAUGCAACAUAGAACAAAGCAGAAAAUUAGCCCAAGACAGAUGAAUGCUCCAGUUGUUCGCCCAUGAGUUGAUGUGCAUGCGGUACACUUACUGUCACUGUGUCAUUGUGCUCUCCGCAAGCUCAAGGAAUUACGUAAGUUGGAUUCAAAGCAGGCGGGAUAUAUUGUUAGCCACCAAUGAGCGCAUAACACAUCAUAGAGCCAACUUUUGCCGUGUGAGCUCGCUUGAACUUGUAGCGUGUCUUCGAGCUUAAUUUGUGCAAGAAUCAGGGUUGUGAACGUAUGGAGACAGCAGAAAGUUACCAUGGAUGAGUUAGGCAUACUAGAUGAUGGGUUACUUCUAGUUGAUGGCGUAAAUGAGUUCCUCGAAGAAAAUCCUCGAAACUCUAGCCACGAAAUGGUGGAAGUUCUUUCGACGACAGUUGAGAGCGCCUCAGAGUCGACGGACUCCGACGAAACAGUGAACAGUGUACAAAGUAACGAAAUAUGGAGUCGAUGCGCGGGUAAUGGAAAUGCCACAAAUGAAGUUGGUGAAGAAAGCCGAAAAAAUCUUUACGAAGGAAAGUAUCGGAUCGAACGGGAAACGCUGUUAUCAACGGACCGAGAGCGUGGAUUUCUAACUGCAAUAUUUGGGUCGGCAAAUCUUCAUAAGCUCUGGUUUCCUAUUAAGCCCGAUCAGUUGCCUUCAACGGAAGACGCGCUGAGCAAUUAUCUUAUAGAGAAUCUUAUACCGACCGAGUUGAACAGAUUCUUUGCCCCCGCUGCGUGGUGCCAACUUAAAACUUUGGUAGAAAGAAAACGCCGAGCAUGGACCUGCCGUCUGUGUUCGAUCCCACGUAACCGCAACAUGAUGGAGUGUGAAGCAUGCCAUACCUGGUUUCACAUGUGCUGCGUGCAAGCCGUGCGAACGUCGACCUACGUGAGCUUCGACUCAUGGGUUUGCACUUAUUGCAUUGAAAGGAUGAAAAAAUGCAUUGUCGUUUUGCAUAAGCUUAGUGACUAGUAACGCUAUGCAGCAUUUGUUGUGGAUAUGCUAUUUAGUUUCCAUAGUAGGCUACAAUAAUGAUCUCAUUGCGAUAGCUAUCAGUCUGUAUUAGAUUUGAGCAAGCCCAUUGAUUUACGCUAUGCAUGAUAUGCCUGAUUAUUAUUUACAAUUGAAAGUUGCACAGAGAUACAAUAUCGUUGAGCUAAUUCUUCAGGGCACAGUCCCUAAAAUCGGCUUAUAGAUAUUGAUUAGGAGGAACUUUAGCGAGAGGAAGUUGUCUCAUUCAUUUAUUCUAACCAGACAGCUAAUGGAAACAGGCCUAAGUGGGAACGAUUUGUAUUCUUUAUCAGCAUUCUCAUUGUAGUCACUCUGUACAACCUUCUAUAUAUUUUACAAUUUUCAGGUCUCGUAGUGAUAUAUGUUAGGUUAUAUUCUUUUUGAGGAAUGCGAGCGAGGUAAAUAGCUAAGUGAAUCGCGACUUGUACAUACUGUCGAUGUUAUAGUAUGGCCACCAGUUAUAUAUCUUAUAAUGUAACGAAUUCGAUAAGUACAUCAGUUGUGUGUAUAGCAGUAACUGUUUGAAUACCCAGUUUCUUCGUACUUUCUUGACCAUGCAUCAUUUGCCUUGUGAUAAUGAAAUUAUUUUGUUUAUGAUUGGAUCGUACAUACAUUUCGAAAUUGUUUUUCUUGUAAAACACACAUUUGUAUUGUCUAGAUUGGAUAACGUCAAUUAGUACGGCAUACAUAAAGCAAUUUAUCGAUUUGUUAAGUAGUGUUUAUGAAAAUUAAAGUAGUAGAUUGGAUGAAAACCGUAGAACAACGCCUCUAUGAGAUAAAAUGACGUCCUUUAGGUGGUAUAUUUCCAUAGAAAGCAACUCCUUAUGCAAAUAGUGGGUUUCUUUUUACCACUUUUGAGAAAUGAAAUACUGUGUGUGGCUUAAGCUAUUUCGUAUAUAAUGUGCAAUUAAAAGAGGGCCUGCUUCGGUUACCCCCGAAUACGAAUAUUAAAUUGUCAUCUAAAACUCAAUGAGCACCUCUAGUAAAUAAAUGGACUGUCAAAACGAUUGCCUCUUUCUCAGUAUUCAUAUACGAGAUGCAGGCGUAUUGACGAGUUGUAUACAAAUAUUUAGAAUAGCUAUUUUUCUACCAAGCCAUCUAUUAUUCAAUUAUCAACUUUCGAAUUUUGCUGUUGGAAGUAUGUGCUCUGUGCGUGUCACACCGAGUUAUGUCCGAAAAUGCAAUAAUGUCCAACUAAUGCAGCUAAAACAGGGCAAGGAUAGCAAAAUCGGCAAUAGUGGUGCGUUCAAUCGUCACCUAUAUUUUGUAGGCAUAGAAAUAUACAAGAGUCUCGAUUGCGAUGUCAGGUGUGUUACACUUCGUAAAUCUCUGGUUAGAAUAUUGAAGUUGUAUCCUAAUUUAUACUGGUGUAAUAUAAAUGAUCACUGACUGGGGUAGAAAGAAAGUAAAUGAUCCAAAUGCAAAUACAGAAACUAUUGUACCAACGAUCUGGAAUGAUCUGUUGGUCGACUCCACAUCGGGUUUUAGGCAGAUUAAUCUAGAUUCAACUCUGUUUUAUUGCUUGUAGUAGGGCGACCCGUGUUAAAAAAAUCAUUAAGCAUGAAUUAUCUUGGGGACGGAUAGAACUAGAAACAUUGAUAUAUGGAGCUGCAACGGAAACAGAGCGAAUGCCUUAUAUCCUUAGCUAUACAUAACCUAGUCUCCAAAGCAUUAGAAAUAUGGCUAUGUUAAUACAAACAUAGACAGUUCGUAUAGAAAUGUAUGAAACUGUGAUUUAGUUAGUGACAAGCAAGAAGCCUUCAUUGGAACUUCGAACUUACGUAUGUAUAGUACAUACACAAAAAGAUCGAAUCUCUUACCAGUUUGUUACUUUCCAACAAAGUACUCCGCAAUAUUUUGUUGUCAACUGACACUGAUGUGAAAACAAGAGAUUUGAGUCAAUUUGAGAAAGUCAAUUAAAGUUUUUUUUUUAUAGAGG